AUGGAUAUUCAAAACGCUAUUCUUCAUGAGUUGGAUACGGAGAACGAGUUCAAGUCGGAUAGACUAGCCGACAAACUAAGAGUUGAUCAUCAAGUGAUUGUUGGAGGAAUAAAAAGUUUAGAAAAUUACAAUGGAGUUAUUAAAUGCGAAAGUAUUGUCGAAGUGAUUCUACAGUUAACUGAGGAAGGCGAAGAGAUGUUAAACAAUGGUAGUCAUGAGUACCGAGUGUAUUGUGCCACUCCGGAAUCCGGUAUACCGCAAACCAAUAUACUGAAACUUUUUCCUAGUGCUAAAAUAGGCAUUAGCAAGGCUCUUUCUUCCAAAUGGAUAACACUGAUAAAAAAUGAAGAUGGUAUACCAUAUUUACAUCGUCUGAUUCCCGAAGUGAAAGAUGAUGUACAACAAUUACUGUUGGAAGUGCGGCAGUCUAAACGCUCGCUAUCCGAUAGUGAAAAGUUUCAAUUGAAGAAACGAAAAUUAGUUGCUGAAUUAAAACGUACAUCUUAUUAUGUCCGGAAAGGUCCAUCGUUCUCUACAAAUAUCAAUGCUGAAGAGACAGACCUAUCAUCUGACUUACUUUCAAGUGGAGAAUGGCAGACUGCACGAUUUAAAGCGUACAACUUUGAUGCUCUUGGUGCAACUUUGCCAUCUGGACAUCUUCAUCCUCUUCUUCUUGUCCGAUCUGAUUUCUGUAGAAUACUUUGUGAUAUGGGCUUUUCAGAAAUGCCUACAAAUAACUAUGUUGAAUCAAGUUUCUGGAAUUUUGAUAGCCUAUUUCAACCUCAACAACAUCCCGCUCGUGAUGCUCACGAUACAUUUUUCCUAUCAGAUCCUGAAACAACUGACGUCAGUAAGACAGUAGAUGCUAGUUAUGUUGAAAAAGUGCGCGCUGUUCAUAGUCAUGGCGCUUUUGGUAGUCGGGGUUAUCAGUCAGACUGGUUGAUCAAGGAAGCUGAAAAAAAUUUGCUGCGUACACACACUACCGCAGUGAGCGCACGUAUGCUUUAUGCUCUGUCCAAGAAGACUCCAUUUACUCCAGUUAGAUACUACAGUAUUGAUCGGGUAUUUCGAAAUGAAAAUUUGGACGCUACUCAUUUAGCCGAAUUUCAUCAAGUUGAAGGUCUAAUUGUUGAUUUUGGUCUGAGUUUAGGCCAUUUAAAAGCUGUAAUUCGUGCAUUCUUCUCAAAAUUGGGACUUAAACAACUGCGCUUCAAACCAGCCUAUAAUCCAUACACUGAACCCAGCAUGGAGAUUUUCAGUUAUCAUCCUGGUCUCAAGAAAUGGGUAGAAAUAGGUAAUUCUGGACUAUUUCGUCCAGAAAUGCUCCGACCAAUGGGUCUACCUGAAGGAUUAUCUGUAAUAGCCUGGGGUCUGUCUUUAGAACGUCCAACGAUGAUUCGUUAUGGUUAUAAGAAUAUUCGUGAUCUGAUUGGCCCAAAAAUUGAUUUGAAUAUGAUAUAUAAAGCACCAUUAUGUCAAAAGUGUAUCCUGUUUACCAGUUUGAUCAACUUCUCUACGGAAUGCAUUUCACGAUUAUAUUUUCGUAUGCUCAACGUUAAAUUUAAGAUGUCUACAGGCUUACCAAAUAUUCCGGAUGCCAGUCAAAUCAAUCCUAUUGUAGUAAGAAUUUUAGGUCAAAAUCCCGGAGUGAAAACGUUACAAGGUACUAAUUCUUAUCUCAUUGGGAAUCCUGAAUUAUCACGUGUGCUAGUUGAUACAACUAUACGUGGGCCUGGUCUUUCAUUAUAUCUGAGUCAUUUGGAGAAAGAAUUCAGCCGUUGUUCUAUGGGAUCACCAUUAUCGGCUAUAGUACUUACACAUUGGCAUCCAGAUCAUUCUCAGGCUGUGGAAGAUGUUUUGAAGCUACUGGAUCAAAACUCGUCGAAUAAAAUUCCAGUGUACAAAUUUUUUGCUGGUCCAACUUUAAAAUCGCUUGGAUAUUAUUCUGAACAAGUUACAAAUCUACAAAAUGAUGAUACCAUUCCAGUCAGUAAUCAGUCAAAUAGUGCCUAUUCUCUAAGAGUAUUGCAUACACCAGGGCAUGCUAGCGAUCAUAUAUGUUUAUGGCUUGAGGAGGACAACAAACCAGUAUGCUUAUUCUCUGGAGAUUUAAUACUUGGUCAUGGAAGUACAACUGUUGAGAAUUUAGAUGAUUAUAUGAAAUCUUUGCAUACGGUUAAAAAUGUUUUAUCUGAUCAGCAAAGAAAUAGUAACCGCCAACAGUCCAUUAUAUUAUUACCAGGUCAUGGCUUACAUGAAGAAAAUCCUCUGGAUAAAGUGAAUGAAUACAUUACAAAUCGAUUGAAUCGUAUUGAAAAAACUAGAAUAUAUUUCAUCAAUCAGUCAACAACUAACGCAUGGCAUAAUGAAUCUGAUAUCCUGAAAUGUGUUUAUCCAAGCAUACCAGAUGUACUAAGACUUGAAGCCUUGAAUAAUUUACGACAAAGCCUGUUUUGGCUCAGUAGUCAUCAUCAGCCAUCUACUUCAUCAUUAGACAAUCUUAUUGCUCGUGUAACAACUGCAAAGUCUGAAGAAAUUUUUGUCAAUAAAAGUGAUUUUUACCAAAUGUUGUCUAAAGAAAUUGUGGAUGCUCAUUCAAUUCCUCUGAAACCGCUGAAUAGCUGUGAUAAUCUUCUAUAUCAAGAUUGGGAAUGGAAGUGUAUGAAAAACAGCGAGAAAUAA